UUUUCUCGUCUCAGGCUAGAACAAGCCACACAGCUUAGAUUAUGAACUAGAACCACCAAACAAGCCUCACUGCACUAGAACUGCUUAUGCAUUCGUCGACUGUUUUGUAAAAUAUUGCAUCUUGUGCGCCCCUUUCCCGUGUCUCCUCUCAUCAACUGUUAGCCACCUCUUACCAGUUCCGUGACUUGGUUGACUCUGUUACUAGAUUGCGAGGUACCAGCGCGCUGCAAACUUCCGUUUCGCUCAGUAAAAGCCGAGUUGAAGGCUGUUUCGUCUAAAGGCAGCUGCUCAGGAUGCCGUCUUUCGUUGCGAUAGAAUCGUCCCUGGGAACCACGCGACCCGACAUAGUAGUACCUUCUACCACUGGUAGUACCACUGGCCGCAAUCACCAGUCCCUCUCAUUCAAGCACGCGUGUUCCAUCCGCCUUUCGUCGUCCCCCACUGCCAAACCCGCCGUUUUCUCGCCAUCUCUGCGAAAAUCCGUCGGUGACAGGCUCCGUUCUCCCCGCCGCUCGUCUUCUCCUUCCCAUCUCCAACCAAGAGCGACAAUAAUCCUGCCAUCAGACGGCGAAUUUGUAACAUUUUUAAGAGAAGAGAAGUCCUUCGGGGAGGCCUAUGGUCCUAGUUUGCAUGGGCCCGUUCAUUCGACGACAAGGAAUCAUUCUUCUGCCCGGAAAAGUUUGACUCGCGCGCGGUUGAGCCAGCAAGUGCGUCCCACGGCAAUCCAGCAGCCAAUCGACGCCCGCCACGUGGCUGAGAAUCAGUGGCCUGACGAGCAACUAGCACCCGCGAUUCCGUGGUACGCGCGGCACCUCCUACUGCCGCAUCAUGCGGCGGAAUCUGCGGAGCGCCACGCGGCGGAAUUUGCGGUCAGGCAGCUUCCAGAAGGGGUGGAAGCAGAAAGGAUUGAAGGUCUUGACGGGCAGCUGAACGGGCAGGAAACUGCGGGAAAAGCGCAGCAGCAGCAUCAUUGGCCGGACCUGUGGCAGCCUAGCCAUGGCGAAGCGCACUUAGUAGACAGCAGCGGAAAGCGGUUGCUCGAGCCGCGCGCGUUAUUAGUGGACGCGUUUGGUACAUUGGUGGAAACGGCGGAGGAGGAAACUAUGGUGUAUGCCUCUAUUGGAAGCAAGUUCGGCGUGGAGAUUAGUCCCGAGGAGAUCGGGAGGCGGUAUGAAGCGGUGUACAGGAAGCCAUGGCUGCAGUCUAAGCUGAGGUAUGAAGGCGACGCGCUACCCUUCUGGCAUCACAUCAUCUCAGAAUCCACCGGCUGCAACAACCCCAGUUACACUGAGGAGUUACACGGUUACUACAUCAAGAAGCACGCCUGGCGCUUCACCGACCCCAACGCCCGCGAGGCUUUCGCUGCGAUCCGCCGCGCGGGGAUCAAGAUAGCGCUCGUGUCAAACUUUGACACGCGCCUAAGGGACCUGCUCCGUGUCUUAAACUGCUACGAUUGGUUCGACGCGAUCGCGGUUUCGGCUGAGGUGGAGGCGGAGAAGCCGAGCCGGGAGAUUUUCCACGCGGCGUGUGACAUGCUGGGGGUGCUGCCGCAUGAGGCUGUGCAUGUGGGGGAUAGCAAGAAUAAGGACGUUGCUGGGGCGAAGAGGGCGGGGUGUGGCGCGGCGUGGCUCUGGAACGAAGACGUGCAUUCCUUUACCGAGGUGGCACAACGGCUAGGAAUCUCAGUUCAGGCAUCACCACCUGAGAGUGAGUUACUUCGCAUUCUCUGAGGAGCAUGGUUUUCAUAGGAACAAAUAGUCAAAGCACAUGCAUGGGUUUUCUGAGCCCACUAGAAUGUUUUGGGGGUGUAGCGAUCAUUGUAUAUAGGGGGAGCUGUCGUGCACUAGGAUUGGACAUAUGGAUGGUUUGUGGUGUGUACUUUUUGGGUUGUGCAUGUGAUAGUUUUUGUUGUGUACACUUUGGUUUGUGUAUAUAAUUAGAUGCAGAUCCAG